UAUCAUGUGACAUUAACAAGCAUGCUUGGUCUUCCUGUUACUGUCUGUUUACAUAACAAUUCGUCCUUGCAUAAUGUCCCGCAAUGUUAUGAACUACGAAGGCUGACGGAAAAAGUAAAAACAUCGCAAAACUUACAAUUGAAUUAGGUUAAACAUGUCUGUAAAACAAGCCAUCAGCCGUGGGGUGGAACUGGGACGGUCGGUUUUCCAGUUAAGUCUGUUCAAACCUGCUGGACGAGUUGCAGCGAAGUUCCGAGGAGAGCGUUUUCGUGUAGGCCAACCGGCCCGAACUGUUCAGCCUCAGACUUUCCUUCCAAUUCGGUACCGAUAUUUCCGAAUUUCGUUAAGGGGUCUUGCUGCACAGCUGCAGUCCGUUGGUUUCAGGAGGCUCGGGGGUGGCGGUUCGCCAAGAAACAGAGCAGUAUUUUUGGCUUUCGCUGUGGGUGCGGGGUUGAUUGAAAAAGACCUGGAGGAUGACAGAAAGAGUGCUGCGACAUGCCAGGAAAUUCAGGCUGUGUUUACCAAGAAGAAGUUUCCGAGCCCGCUCAAGUCCUUUGCCUCAGGGUACAAGCUGGAGGACUAUGCUUUUGGGAAGCAGAUUGGGAAAGGCUCCAAUGCCGCUGUGUAUGAGGUUACAGCUCCAUUUGCUGGGCUUAGGGACAUGGAGCGUGACCAGUGUUCCCUGGUGGAGCUGAAGGACCAGUUAAGUCAAGAUGGAAUGGCGGCCAAUGGGUCUCUGAGCGGCCCCUCAGGUUCCCUGGGCAUCUAUCCUCUGGCUGUUAAGAUGAUGUGGAACUUUGGGGCCGGUUCUUCAAGUGAGGCUAUUCUAAGAUCCAUGUCCCAGGAGCUGGUCCCUGCAGGCCGUCUUGCCAUGAAACAGGAAAGAGAUGAACAGAUUGCACUAAGCGGAUAUUUUGGCAUAGUGCCUAAGAGGUGUUCUGCCCACCCCAACGUGAUAAGGGUGUUCCGGGCAUUCACUGCAGAUGUUCCCCUUCUGCCUGGGGCCCAGGAAGAGUACCCAGAUGUCUUGCCAGCCAGACUCAACCCAGAGGGCCUGGGCAACAACCGUACUCUAUUCCUGGUCAUGAAGAAUUACCCGUGCACCCUGCGUCAGUACCUGCAGGCCAACGUUCCUAGCGGGAGACAGGGCGGUCUGAUGGUGCUCCAGCUGUUGGAGGGGGUGGACCACCUGUAUCGCCAGGGCAUUGCCCACAGGGACCUCAAGUCCGACAAUGUGCUCCUGGAGUUUGACUCAGAUGGCUGCCCCCGCUUGGUGAUAACUGAUUUUGGCUGUUGCCUGGCUCAGAGUGACUCUAGUCUCCAGCUGCCCUUCAACAGUGUCUGGGUGAACCGAGGAGGCAACUCCUGCCUGAUGGCACCGGAGGUGGCCACCGCAGUCCCCGGCCCGGGUGUAGCCAUUGAUUACGGCAAGGCGGAUGCCUGGGCUGUUGGGGCUAUUUCCUAUGAGAUAUUCGGCCUGGCCAAUCCGUUUUACGGGGCCAGGGGGCUGGACAGCAGAAGUUUCCAGGAGAAGCAGCUCCCUGCCCUGCCUGCCAGUGUGUCUGCUGACAUGCGCUUAGUGGUCAGGCUACUGCUGUGUAGGAACCCCAAAAAGCGUCUGAGUGCCAGACUGGCAGCAAACAUUUUGCAUCUGAGCCUCUGGGGACGAAGGGCGCUGGCCAAUCAAGAUAGCGCUGGCAUGAAGAAGCUAGCUGAUUGGCUGCUGUGCCAGUCUGCCUUGGUGCUCCUGAGGGGCUGUGGUUCUAAUGGGAACUCUGUGGAGGCGGAGCUACAGUGGUGUUUCCUUUCUAACCUUGACCUGGAAGAUCUCAGAUUGGCUGUCAGCUAUCUGCUGUAUGGACGGGAACAGGGCAGAGCUAGUAUCAUGUCUCUUUAGGUCCUCUCAGAACUUGUGUCCUACUACCACUUAGUGUGACACUUUGAGUUUGUCUGACUUUGCUUUACUGAAUGUAGAGCCAGGGGUGUGAAUGGAACAUGGCCUUCUGGGAAGUUUUUGGGAAACCACCAAUGUAAAUAAUUUAAUGUACUUUAUUCUAUAGCAGAAUUGCACUUGUCAAAAAUGCUUAUGGUCCCAAUUUCCACCCCCGUCUACCAGCUGAGCAGAACAUUUUCAGUAAACAAAAUAAGCACUUUGAAAUGUAUGGUAAGAGAUUCUAUGGCAGGGCCUAUUAACAGGAGGUUGGAAAGAAGACACCAGUAGCUUAGUGCUGGAUGGGGGUUGUAUUUUUAUUUUUGGAAUUGUUUGUACUUUGUCUGAAUAGUACUUAGUCGUGUCACUGUUAAGGUUCACAAUUUGUUUGUCCCAAAACUGUUUAUCAAUACGUUCUAUGACAAUCUAUAGUUUAGACAGAAACAUAGUUUCUGAGCAUCUUUAUGAUUAACACUAAGACUAAGAAGUAGUCACUACUAAAGACAUUAUAAAGUGUCUAAAUAUUUUCACUCCCCAGACAGUCCUGAUUUAAUAAAAAUACCAGAUCAAACUGCAUUUCAAAUUGAUGGUCAAAAGGUCUUUUAUUUAUUUUUUGGGGUCAAUGUAUUCAUCAAAUGCUUCAUGAGACAUUUGGAAUUGGGCUGAGAAUUAUUUUUUAUUGUGAGAAAUAAUUAGAUAGCCUAUGUAACCGUGCUAUAAAUUCUGGUCUAAGUGUGAUGUGCAUUUAAAAUUGUGAUUUGCCUUGUGUAAUUUCAUAAUUAAAUAAGAUCCUUGAUUGCUGCUCAUAUAAUAAAUAGAUAUUUAAAAUACA